AUGGCUCAAGGUAAUUUGAAAUUAAAAUCAAAAAGUGGAGCAAGAGUAACUAAAAAGCAACAAAACCCCAAAAAGGCAGCUCCUAAAAUCAUUAAACCUAAAAAACAAGUAGCUAAAGAAAAUAUAAAAUUAACUAAAAUCCAUCAAGGUCAAUUAAUGAAAAGUACUGAAAAAUUAAUUGCCGGUAGAGUUGGUCAUUUAGAAAUUUUGAAAGGUUCAAGAAGACAAAUUGAAAAAGAAAAUAAAGCUGCUUCAAGUAAAAAUAAAAAAUAA